AUGGAUGCUCCUGUGGCCCAUCAAGAGCCUCUCGAUAUGAUUCGCCUUAACCUAGACGAAAUGAUAUACUUGAAGUGUAAAAACGGAAGAGAAUUAAUCGGGAGGUUGCACGCCUUUGAUGAUCACUGCAAUAUGGUACUAUCAGAAGUCACGGAAACAAUCACUACAGUGGACGGAGAACCGAAUACGAAUCAACAACCAAAUAAGGUUACGAGGAGAGACAGCCGCACCGUUUUCGUACGCGGGGAUUCCCUGAUUCUACUGUCACACCAUCAACCUUGA